AUCGUCAUUUUCGACGGUACUGGACGCUACCUUUGACAUUUCGGACAUAACGACUUUACGAUGGACCAUUACUCUACCAUAUUUACAGCAGGGCUCGUCCCAUCUCGUCCUUCUUCCCCGUAUCACCCCCCUGCAUCUCCCCGCCGAAAGCAAUCCCUGCCAACGUCUAUGCUCACCGUAGACUCGACGACCAACUCUUUUCAUUCCUCAAUCGAUGGUGCUCGAUUUAAUGGGUCGCUCGACCUAAGUCCUAUACAGCAUGGGUUCACAGAGAGGCACGACGAACUCUACUUUACUCUCCAACCGAUUGCACGCGACCGGCGCGACCUUCGCUCUUUCUUGUCUCUGGACUUGGCGGAAUCGCGCGUACUUCGUGACUCGAUGUCUUCGAUGUCUUCUGUGUCUUCCCGACGUGAUCCUGAUCCCAUCGCUGUCGCAGCACCACCGUCACCGCAUCUUCUAUCUUCAUCGAUGAAUACCCUCUAUCCCCAAGGGUCCAACUCACCUCAUUACCUCUCACCGCUCCCAUCCCCUUUGUCCCACUCAUCGUCACCCUCUCGCCGGGCGGUUUCUAGGGACACCGUUCGAAGACUUCCUUCGCCAAAACCCGCCCCUUCUACGCACCUCCCCGACACGCCACCUACCCCAUCGCAAUUUCUCUCCCCAUCCCGUAC